GGAGGGGAGAAAUUCCUUUCCCAUAUCUUGCCUCGCGGAGGAGAGAUUUGAUUAGAUUGAGGAGCCGCCCGUUGCGUGUUGGGUGCGCGCGGAUUGAUGUGCCCGCAUUUAAUUAAUCCGGUCGCGCAAGGAAGGGAGAAUUUCCCGUUUGUGGGCUUUUGCAUCGCGGUGCGCUGCCCGAUCUUCGUUUUUUGGCGCUGCCUGGCCGCGCCGCUGACAGCCACUGCCCAGGCAUUCCUUUCUUUCUUCGCUGGUCUCUCUCUCGUGUUCUGGGGAUUUCUAUUUCUUGUCUCCAUCCAAAGCAGGCACAAGCUCUCGCUUUCGAGGUCACGAUCGUUGUUUUGGAGUGGAGAUCACAUUGAUAGAUAGAUAGCUCCCCCCCUUUUUUUUAAUCGCGCUCUUGUUCGUGUUCUUCCGGUGAUCGAUCGAUGGAAAUAUCGUGAUCCCUGGUUCUCUUCUCCUGGUUCUUGAUCGGCUACUCGCUCUUUCUUGUUCGAUCGAUCGAAAUAUCGUUUUCCAGCUCUCGAAAUACUCUAGCUCAUCGAGCUAGCGAACGAUCGAUCCAUCGAAAGAUGGGAUGCACGAGCUCCAAGGUCGACAACGAAGAGAAGGUCGCGCGAUGCAAGGCCAGGAAGCGAUUCAUGAAGCACGCGGUGGCAUCGCGGCAUCAAUUCGCGGCCAGUCACGCUGCGUACGUGCAAGCGCUCAAGAACGUAGGAGCGGCAUUCCGGCAGUUUGGCGAGACCGAGAUCCCCGACACGACCUCAUCGUCUUCCACCGAUCACGACUACAAUCCAUCGUCUCCAACGACGCCGGACGCUAAGCCGCCGCCUCGCCCUCUCUUCCUUCCACCGCCAUCGCCCAAUGAUCGCCACGGCCUCAAGCUCGAUCCCGCCAGUGUGAUUCUCGAGGAAGAGGAGCUCUCGCCGGAUCUCAGCCCCGAGAAGAAGAAGGAUCAUCGCGUCAAGAACAAGAAGACCGGCGGCGGUAGAGAGGUUCUUCCACCGCCAUUGCCACUUGGUAGCGCUCCACCGCCGCCGCCUCCUCCCAAAUCUUCCGCAUGGGGCUUUCUCGAUCCAUUCCAGGAGGACGAAGCCACCGCGGCCGUGGCUGUGGCGGCUGAGACCUUCACUGUGUCUUCCAAGAGCACCAGCGGCGGCGCUCGCGCGAAGCUGUGGUUUCCAGCGGCGGAGAAGGAUCUGGAGCAGCGGUCCAGCGAUAACAGCCUGGCGAUCAUCGUGAGGCGAUCGGGAAGCAAGGAGCUUGUGGAUGUUCUUCGCGAGCUGGACGAGCUUUUCCUCCGGGGCUACCAGAGCGGCAAAGAGGUAGGGAAGCUGCUCGAGGCGAGGAAGAUCCACUACCACUCCAAUUUCGUGGAGAAUCGAGGGUUUGAUUCUCACUCCAGCAAGGUUCUCAAUGCGAUCUCUUGGUCCAACUGGAAGUCGCCGCUCAAACGCAAAACGGAGGAGACGGCGCUCGCAGUGACCGACGAGGAUUUUGGAGCUCACUCGGGCACUCUGGAUCGGCUGCUUGUAUGGGAGAAGAAGCUCUACGAAGAAAUGCGAACUGCCGAGGCGAAUCGAAUCGAGUAUGAGAAGAAGUGCGCCCAGCUCCGGCACCAGGACUCCAAGGGCGACUACAACGAGUCCAUCGACAAGACGCGCAACAUGAUCAAGAUGCUCCAGACGAGGAUCGUGGUGGCGCUUCAGGGAGUGGACACUGCCGUGGCGGCCAUCAUCAAGAUCCGCGACGAGGAGCUCUAUCCCCAGCUCCUGGAGCUGGAAGAAGGGUUGACUGGAAUGUGGGCGGAGCUCUACGCCGUCCACGAGAAGCAGUACGCGGCGGUGAGCCGGAUGAGGCCUCUGGAUUGUCUCUUGGGCUCGGUGGAGGCGACGAGCAACAUCCAUCGCUUGGCAACCUCGCAGCUCGAGGCAUCGCUAGACAAUUGGUACAGCUGCUUGAACAAGCUCAUCACCAGCCAGAGGGACUACAUGAGGAACCUGUGCGGCUGGGUGCGGCUCUGCGUGAUGCCGUUCGAGGACAUCAAGGAUUCUCCAACUCUGUCGGCUGGAUCAUCGACUCCUCCAAUCCACGACGUCUGUCUCGAGUGGCACCAGGCUCUGGAUCGCCUCCCGGACAAGGUGGCCUUGGAGGCCAUCAAGAGCUUCGUGGCGGUGAUCCACAAGAUCGUGGAGCUGCAGAACACGGAGCUCCAGCACCGGAAGAAAGUGGAGUCACUCACCAAGGAGAUCGACAAGAAGGUGGCCUACAUCCAGAACUACGAGAAGAAACACCCCGACUCGGCCUCCACUACCACUGCCACGACGGAUCAUCACCACCAUAGCAAUCACCUGGACGAGACCGACGAGCUCACGGUUCUCCACGACAUUCUUCCGCCAAAGAGCCCGCUUGCCGAUAGGAGAGCCGCGGUGGAUUUGCUCCGGAGGAAGCUGGAAGAGGAGAAGGAGCAAGUCUCCAAGGCGGUGUAUGAUACCCGAGCUAUGACACUGAAUAGCCUCCACACCGGACUCCCCAGCGUGUUCCAGUCGGUGGCCGGCUUUGCGAGCGUUUGCUCCCAGGCCUUCCAGUUGCUUUACCACAACGCUCGCGUCAACAAGGAGGAAGCUAGCAGCUAUUCGCCAUGAUCUAGAGGAGGAAGCUCGUAGCUAUUCGCCAUGAUCUAGAGGAGGAUGCUCGCAGCUAUUCGCCAGAGCUCGGGGAGGAGGAGGUUUUGCGGCAAUCUAUUUCACUAGCUAUGCUUUCUACUUGUAUAUAUGUUGGUGCUCUACGCCAUUUUGAAUUUAAAGGACUGUUAUGAGUAUAUGCUCUUGAA